AUGAACCUCGCUGGAAUUAAUAGAUUUCGCGCCAACGAACUAUCCGAAUCAUUAGUGGAACAAGAAUUGUUAACAAUAGUCUUUGCCACGAUGACGAGCAUCCUCAAUUUAACUGAUCAACAAACGAUGGCAUUAAUGGCAUCUUAUGACAUAGUUAUUCCUGUCUCUGUUCGAUUUUGGAAUUAUCUUAUACUAGAUAUUCUAUCGGUGUCAUGUGCUCUGUUUAUACUAUGCUAUCUUCUAUCUAAUCCAACACUUCGUCGAGCUCCACACAACCAUUUUAUCAUUAUUCUUCUGUGUGUUGGAUUGAUUUAUCAGUUGACCACUGUCCCAUUCAUGCUUCAUUUCUUUCUUGUUGGAUAUUCUUGGCAUACUACACUUGAUUUCACCAACUUUUGGAUAUUCAUCGACAACUCAUCCUUCGUAUCAGUAUUGAUAGGUUUCGCUUGGGCGACGGUUGAGCGACAUAUUCUCGUCUUUCAUCAUCAUUGGAUGACGACAAAAAGACAACGUUUCUUCAUACAUUAUCUACCUUUCAUACUAAUCCUGACCUAUUGCUACGCGUGCUGGUUUUACGUCGUCUUUCUUCCACCCUGUCAAAAAGCAAUUCUGUUAUCACCAAUCAAUGGUGUUCCGAUUAUUUGCACUUUCAAUUUGCCGUUAUGGGGAAUUAACCUUCAGCGUCGGUCUUCUCAUUCGAGUUUUAUUGCAAAAGCAUCGUUUGAAUUGUCCAAUCCGUUGGCGACAACAGCGUAA